AGCCAGGAGCACUUGGCCAGCAAGGAAACCCCGGGUCUCAGGGCAUGCCGGGACCUCAGGGGCCGAUCGGACAACCGGGAGAGAGGGGUCCUGUCGGGAAGCCAGGGCUGCCCGGGUUCUCGGGAUCUGACGGACCUCCCGGCCACCCUGGGAAAGAAGGACAGCCGGGCGAGAAGGGACAGCUGGGCCCUUUGGGUCCCCAGGGCCCCGUGGGUUACCCGGGUCCACGUGGCGUGAAGGGGGCGGAAGGAGCGCGCGGGAUGAAGGGCGACAAGGGAGACAAGGGAGAAGAUGGUUUCCCCGGAUUUAAAGGUGACAUGGGUCUUAAAGGCGACAAGGGUGAGAGUGGGCCCUUCGGACCGAGAGGAGAAGAUGGCCCCGAAGGCCCCAAGGGCCGCACGGGCCCUCCCGGCGACCCAGGCCCCAACGGCCCCGCCGGAGAGAAGGGGAAGCUGGGAGCUCCUGGCCUGUCUGGAUACCCGGGGCGGUUGGGACCCAAGGGAUCUUUGGGGCUCAUCGGUUUGGCCGGAGCUCAAGGAGAGAAAGGAACCCGGGGAGAAGCCGGCAAGCUGGGCCCGCACGGAGGCAGGGGAACACCGGGUCCACGUGGAGAGCGGGGCCAAAGAGGGCAGCAAGGAAAGUCAGGCCCCAAGGGCAACACCGGGUCAGAUGGCGCGCCCGGGCCGCAGGGCGAAAGGGGACCUCCCGGAUCGCAAGGGCCCACUGGCUUCCCUGGACCCAAGGGACCUCCGGGCCCCGCUGGCAAAGAUGGACCACCGGGGCAUCCGGGACAGCGAGGAGAGAUCGGUUUCCAAGGCAAGACUGGAGUGGCUGGACCUCCCGGCGUAGUCGGGCCUCAGGGCCCUUCGGGGCAGACCGGGCCCAUGGGGGAGCGAGGCCACCCCGGCCCGCCGGGCCCCCCGGGCGAGCUCGGCCUGCCCGGCGCCGACGGCAAGGAGGGGUCCAAGGGAGACCCGGGGCCCCUGGGGAGUCCGGGGAAGGAGGGCCCCCCAGGACUGCGAGGCUUCCCGGGCGAGAGGGGACUGCCGGGCCCCGUGGGCAUCCCGGGAUUGAAAGGAGACCAGGGCCCAGCAGGGCCGCCGGGGCCCACGGUGAGGCCCUCUCCUCCUCCUCCUCCUACAUUCAUCGCGUCCCCACAAAUCCCUCAUUGUCUCACAUAG